GUCUGUUCCUUCUCCUCUGGAGCGGUUUAAUGGUCCUCAUAUUAGUUGUGAUGGAGCUUUCAAAGAGCGGAGUGCUGCUAUAGGUGUUAUUUUGAGGGAUACAAAUGACUGCCUUUUGGAUGGAAUUGGAAAGUGUAUCCCUGCUGUUUCAAGUAUUUUUGCGGAGGCAACUGCU